AUGGAAAGUGAGAUUUUUACGCCGUUGUUGGAGCAAUUUCUGCUCACGCCUUUGGUCGCCUGGGUAAGGCACCCUAAUUAACCAUUCUAUGGGAAUUUGAGCAUACUAAUUAAGCAGGGUAUCCAAAAUACAUGCCCUGUUAACAAGUGAUUUCGUUUUGCUGACAGGUUUGGUGUGUAUUGUCAUAUUUUUCAGGUUAAGGCGGCUGGGCAUUCAUCAGGAAACGAUGGCACCAAACUAUCGGAAUACAUUGAAUUAGUGGAUGGCAUUUAUUUAAACGAGAUCAUGCUUGAGAUGUAAGUAGUAGCCUAUUUGUGGGUUCUCUCUGUCUUUCAUGAAUGAAUGGCCACGCAUGGUUCUGAUCCAUUGGUCAUUAUCAUCAACGUUCGCCCUGCACUGUAGGCUACAGUGGAAGCACAAACACCCAUGCAUGCAUUCAUGAUUCAUGACACAAAUUCAGGACCAAAAAAUAUAUAAAUGUUUAAUGAGUUCUACAGAAUUACACAUUUCACAAGUGAAGUAUGUCAGCCACCGAUGCAACAACAGGAUUAGGUUGUCUAAUCAGAAUGAAAUAAGUGUACAGUGAGUUGUAGGUAUUUUGAAGCAGACAGUUCCACCUCGAGUAAUGUAUUGAUGGCGCGAGUCGGCAGCAGCUCAUCUUCCACUGGAGCCGUCAGUCAGUCACUGAAAAUGUCAGAACGUGAAGUGUCAUCUGCAGUCUACUGAAGACUCCCUCUCCCUGGAGCUUGCUCUUCUUGCCUGCUAGAAUAAUACAGAGGGCGGCUAUUCUACCUCACUCACCCAGCCUACCCCUUGAGGAGGAGUAGAAAUAAGGAAUCCCUCAAUCUCUGCCAUGGCCACUGACACGCACUAUACAAAAUAAGGCGGUUUCCACCCAUGCUUUUGUCUGGGCUAGGUUUGCAUGAUAAGGUAGCCUAUGUCAAUUUUGGCCUAUUCAUCCUGUAUGAGUAGAAUAGCCCCUAACCAAGUUAACCUGCACAUUAUCACUCUGUAUUCAAAAUUAGAAGGCAGACAUCACAUGAAUUUCCUUUUGCGUUAUUGCCGAGCACUUUCUCUCUUCUCACACUGAGUUUGUUACUUAUCACAUUCUAUCAACAGGUCUAAGCUCUACUGGCCCAGAGUGUCAAUUAUCUCACAUUUUCCAGGUACUAGCUGUGCUCAUGCUGCCUUGGCAACACUGUCCUCAGCUCUCAAGUCUUACUAGGUUGCCAAUGACCUUGCAAACCCUACUCAAGUCUGUUUUGGCAAAUUUGGUACUGUAUUAAUUUCUAUUACUCUGGUCAUCAUACCAAUAGGCCUAGUUUACAAUUGCCAAUAUAUUCAGUCAAAGCCUAAUAUUUGGAAUUGUUCAUUCUCAUCCCAAGAGCAGUUUUCAGUUUUAAUGACCUGUAGUUUAGCUGUGCUUGUCUGGCCGGCAGGGUGUUGGGGCUGGCUAGUCACUUCAUCCUAGCUCUUUGUGUGUGUGCGUGCGUGCACAGUCAGUUUUGGGCAGCUGUUGGCACUCGUCUGCCCAGCAAGACUCCCACACAGAAGGCACAUUGUCAAUAUUUGUUGUGAAGCAGGUCUUUGUCUCACUCUCACAGAUUAUGAAGGCUACAUGUUCAUCUUACAUUGGCUGUUUAAGAUAUUCACUGGUAAAUAUUUACCUUGUGCUGGAUGAAAUUAUUAUUAUUCCCCCAUGUUUGUCCUUGGUUUAUUUGAUUCAGCCAUAUCAAAAUGCAGGCCUCCAGUGGUUUAUUUAGUGAAGUUGUACAAAAGAGUUGUUGUGAGAGUAGAUUUAGUUAAUGUUAACCAUGUUACUGGUUGAUCUGGUUCUGUUCAAAUGACUUCAGCUUAUUCAACAGGUCAUGGCUACCAAACGUAAUGUUGUCUGCAAUGAUGCCGAGUUAGUAUGCAGAGCGGAGAGCUGCAUUAAGUGAUGAAAAUGAUUAACUGCCCAGCAGUUUGUAAGGUUGAUUGCUUUGCCCAACAACACGCCCCCUCACUGCCCCUGUCUGUGUUGAAACUCCUGCAGAGUGCUGUUAUUGUCGGCGUAAUGGUAGGCAUACUUGGUAUUGACCUGCCUGUGAUCAAUAUAGCCUCGUAAAGGGGUGCUCAGUCUUGUCCAUGAGCAGCCAUUAGAAAGAUAAAUGGAAGUUUAAAAACACAUCAUCCUUCUAGCACAGGGCUGUGUAGACUUUCGGCUUCUCACACUUUGAAGUAGAGGAUGCAUCAUGUACUGCAUAAAAUUAACAUAAAACGAGUUGCAGUGCUUGUUGUACAAUUGUUGAGUUUGGCAUACUACCAUUUGAAGCUUCCCAUGUUGAAUAAUAUAUGUGUGUGAUUCAUCAUGUACUGUACACCGAUUGGGGCUCCAAAUAAUUUAAGCAGCUGUAUGUAGUAGUAUGUUAUUUUGUAAUAUCUCUCUCCAAGCUGUUGACAGGGAGGCAGGCAGACUUAAGUUGUCCAGGAAGCACAGAGGCCCUGCUGGAUUAUCUAACGGCUAGUUGGAGGCACAGAUGGCAUGGUGUCACUGUCCUGUCCCUCAGUCACUACUGCCCAGCCUAUUAGAGCACCCUUCAGCAACAUACUGUAGGUCUGUUUGUUUGUGUGGAGCACAGACUGGACAGAGAAGUGACAUUUCCCUCUUCUCAUUACAACGGUCAAAAAACAGGUACUUUUUUUUUUCUGGUUGUACUGGCAUACAUUACAAUGGUUCAGGUCCACAGUUGGAAUAAGGUGAAUGGCUGCAUUUUCAGUGUCUGCGAUGGUUGACCUCAAGGCCAAAUUGUGGCAAAAUUCAGAGCUAAAUGUGUUUGAAGCUAGAUUUCUGUAUCAAGGCCAUACUACAUCCCCCCUCAAUUCUGGAAGCGAUAUUGUUAGUGUGCUAUUUUCCACUUCAGUGCUCAAAUACAAUCACAUCAAAGUCCAUGACGCUCAGAUGAUUGAGAGUAAUGAGCAUGUGACACACACACACACACGUUAAUUCCACCUGAAGCCGUGCAGCAGCUGUAGCGAAGCCACAUGCUCAUUGUUCCUGAGCCCCUCCCUCAACACCUCAGUCAGGACAAAAGCACAGACGAGUGCAGCCCACUUCCAACCCGACAUGGCCACUUAACGCAGCGGUGCAGCAGCUUAGAGGAAAAUAAAGAUAUCUGUUGAAGGACAACAUUUUAAUUAUCUUAAUCCAGAUAGGAUUAAAGUCUCUAGCAGCUCCCCAAUUCAUACACAAACUGGGUUUUUUUCAACUGGAAAAACGGGUGAUAAGAAGGGACAGCAUCACAACCACCACCUCUCCAACACUGCUGAACCAGACACAACACGCCUCUCUGCACUCUCUCUCCCUGUGUUUUCACGGAACAGCAUGCCUCCUGCUUUUGUUUUCUCUCCUGUUUAGGUAGAAGGGGUAUAGUUUGGAUUAUUGCUGGAUGGCUGGUGUGUAUUUGUUGAAUUUCCCACAGCUGGGUUCUUUAUUCUUGGAGAUCAAAGGCUUCAGUCAUAGGCUACCACUGCCAGCCAGCCAGAUAUUCAGACAGACAGAGAGGAGGGAGGGGGCUGCAUCCCACACCAUGCUGCUUGGCCGUUAUCUGCCACAGACCAGCCAUUAAUGACCAUCCUCCCUGCGUCGCAUCUCCCACUCUUCCAGCCCUACAUUCCGUUUAUCUGCCUGAACCUAGACCUCUCUCCGUGUCUCUCCGUGUCUCUACCUAUGGUUGGUUUGAACACAACAGAGCUGGUUGUUCUGUUUUUGAAUGGUAAUGUAAACAGUGGGCAUUUUACUAUUAUUAUUAGGUCCCGUGUAGCUCAGUUGGUAGAGCAUGGCGCUUGCAACGGCAGGGUUGUGGGUUCCAUUCCCACGGGGGGGCAGUAUGAAAAAAAUAAAAUAAUGUAUGCACUCACUAACAUUAAGUCGCUCUGGAUAAGAGCGUCUGCUAAAUGACUAAAAUGUAAAAAAAAAAUGUCUGUCUUGUGCUUCACUCACACGGUCACUAGACUAUGGUAUUGAAGGAGGAUGUUGAGCUGUAAAAAGCCCUGUGAGUCAGACAUGCAGGAAGCAGCGGUUGUGACCUUGAAAGGGUACUGCUUUAACAAGGCCAUGCAGAGACUCAGGAAUAGGAACGGCCCUAUGGAAAUGUACAUGAAUGACACAAAGCUCCAUAGAGAACCGAACUACCCAUUAAAGCACAAGACCAAGAAAAUAAGGCAUAGGUACAGUACGUACUUCUGCUGUUCCCUCUCCCUGGAUUGUGUGCUGUCCUGUAGAGAGAGUAUGUUACAGUAGGUUGCCGUGAUACUGGUUCUGGCUUUCAGGAGCUCAGAGCUGACAAAGGAAACGAUUGGGAAGCGCUACAGCAGCUCCAUGACACACACACACACACACACACACUGUCAUCCUGCCUGCGUAGUUCUGAACACCACCUCACCACAGUGGGACUACUGUAGUCAUCAUCCACAUUCCUCUCUGGUGAUUCCCCCAGCUAGCCCUCCAUGUGCCUGGGAAGUCAUCACUCCUCCCCACUAGUGUGUUUGGACUGAGAGGCUUACUGACUCUGUCCUCUCCUCGUGCUGGGCAGCCGGCCCAUGCUCUACUCUCUGCCCCCCGCUGACUGCUCUACUCUCUGCCCCUCGCUGACUGCUCUACUCUCUGCCCCCGCUGACUGCUCUACUCUCUGCCCCUCGCUGACUGCUCUACUCUCUGCCCCCCGCUGACUGCUCUACUCUCUGCCCCCCGCUGACUGCUCUACUCUCUGCCCCCCGCUGACUGCUCUACUCUCUGCCCCCCGCUGACUGCUCUACUCUCUGCCCCCGCUGACUGCUCUACUCUCUGCCCCCCGCUGACUGCUCUACUCUCUGCCCCCCGCUGACUGCUCUACUCUCUGCCCCCCGCUGACUGCUCUACUCUCUGCCCCCCGCUGACUGCUCUACUCUCUGCCCCCCGCUGACUGCUCUACUCUCUGCCCCCCGCUGACUGCUCUACUCUCUGCCCCCCGCUGACUGCUCUACUCUCUGCCCCCCGCUGACUGCUCUACUCUCUGCCCCCCACUGACUUUGAUGCAGCGUGUCAGAAAUAGAUUACUUCCCAAAGCAACGCAGGAGUGCACCGGGCAGUAUUGUGCUCUGCAUUAACUAUUGACUUGUGCAUUGACUUCCCAUUUUCCAAAACCUAUAUGAUCAGCAUGGUACAGUAUUUGGGUUUUGUCUACCUCACAAAGGGCCCUAUUCAGGCGCCUGCAGUCACUAAUACUGGAGGUGAUGUUGUCCAAUGAGGGGGGAGGAAUAGAGAAGGCCUCAGCCCAAAAGAAACUGAGCCGCUGCAGGAUUGUGUUGUAUAGAGAUGUGAGUUACUAAAUUAGCAGCUCCCUCUGUGCAGCCAGUGCUCGGUUUGACAGGAUUACAGCUCCCUCCAUGCUAUUUCAUUAAGGGGUUAAGACGACCCCCCCCCCCAAAGUGCACCUCUCGAGGGGCUUUGAAUGAGCGGUGGGGUCACAUGGCCAGUGCCAUUCAAAGCACUCUUAAAGAGGACUCUGUCUUUCUGAUUUGCAAGACUGAGGCGACAGUGUGUGUGGGAGCAUGGCUGAUCAAAAUGCCUAUUAACACACCCGCUUCCCUUCUCGCGAUGGUUGCUUUCAUAAAAAAUCAUGAAUGUUGUCAUUUUUAUUUAGCUUUGUUCGUAGUUCAACGAUAGCUCCCUGGUCUUAUGAAGUGGCAUUUUUAAUUUUUUCUAGGUCAACUGCUAAGUCUUAUCAAUACAGGGGAUUUUAGGAAGAGGCUGGAAACUCUGUUUAUUCUAUUUUAUCAGUUGCUUGGCAACGGGCCUAUUAUGACCGAGGCUCAUUAGAAGACAAUUUUAUCCCUCACUGAGUGGGCUUCCAUGGAAUUAGAACAAUCUAGAACAGAGUUAACGGUGAAGGGAAAUUGUGCAAGGUUAAUUUGAAAUCAGCCUUUUACACGAGGUUGUGUUAGACAUAAACGCUAAAAGCUUGGUUCGCAGAUGCAGGCAUGUACUCACGCAUGUAUGACUGCACGCGUGCAUGCACACAUUCAUGUAAACACACAACCCUGUUUACUAUAGAUUUAAUGAACAUGCCAUGCCAUUUGGGUUAAAUGGCCAUGCGACUAAUGAGAGAUUUUGUUGUCAAAUAAUAAUUGUUCCAUCCUCCAACAUUGGGACAUCCUUUAUCAGCAAAGCUUUUAGACUCCAGACCAGACCACUAGAUCAGUGCAACGCUGCAUGGAUGCACCAUCAGAUGGGCUUCAGUGAGAAAUGAGGUCAGAGGAGAGCAUCCAGAGACUAAACUCAAACCAUCUGGCCAGUGAAGAAGCCCAGUGGAGGCCUGCAUGUGUUAAUCUCUCAGAGUUUGUAAACCAUGUUGGUCCAAAACCUUUGCUUGAUGAUCAUCAAAGCACAGGUCUGAACUGACAGACGGUAGAUGAGAGACUCAGAAAUUGGGUUAGCCUUGAUGGUCUGUGAGGACAGAUGAGGUGAAAUUCCUCUGCUUUUGUCUCGUUAGUGUUCAAUAAUUCAAUUCAGUACCCCUUUAUUGAAUUUCAGGUAGUUUCACAAUUAAUGCCUCAUAGCAUGUUAUCAACAUGAAAGUAGUUUUGAAAACAAUCAUGCUAAAUGAUUUAGAAUGCAUGAUUGAUUACUAAACUGUUGAUUUAUUAAAGGCAGAUUGUUGGAAUGUCAUGCAUUCCUCACACGGAAAAACCGUACUGUUCUGAAGUACCAUACCCAUGUAGAGGCUUAGUAUAUUUGGAAUGUCUGUCGUUAACACAGGUCGACACUCCUGAUAACAUCAGCAGUUAUGCUCCUAGCCCUGGGGGCAAGACAUCUCAAUAGCAGUCCUUGACUGAAUUCUCCCACCAGAAUCAAGUAAUAGUUAAGUGAGUUGUUUUUGCGGCAAACUGUCCUACAACACAGACAAACAUUCCAAAGUUUCGACCAGGGCUCUCCAACCCUGUUCCUGGAGAGCUACCGUCUUGUAGGUUUUUGUUAUAAUCGUAAUCUUGUGUACCUGAUUCUAAUAAUUAGCUGGUUGAUCAGCUGAAUCAGGUUAGUUAAAACUGGGGUUGGAUUGAAAACCUACAGGAAGGUAGCUCUCCAGGAACAGGGUUGGAUAGCCCUGGUUUAGACCUAGCUCUGUUAGUACUGGGUGUCAUCAACACAACCAUGAGAAAUGUCAAUGUUCAAACACUGACUUAACACUGUACUGCUAAUGCAGCAUUUUACUGACUGACUGAAAGGCAGACAAUUUACAAAUGAAUUUGUCUACUCUCUGCUGUUGUUCUCAUUUUUUCUUCCCCACAGAAAUCCAAAAGCCACUGUUCAAAGAACCAACAAGAAAGUGAACAAUGACUCAACACUGCGCAUACAAAACCUCUCCAUCCUGAUCCGGCAGAUAAAGUCCUACUACCAG